CUAAAUGGUCUGGUAUGGAUCCUGUAGAUCUGAGCUCAGUGCCAGGGUAUGAGGGUCAUAUAGAGUACCUUGGGGAUAAGGAGAGUGACUGUACCCUGAGAAUCACAGACCUGAGAUUGAGUGACUCUGCUGGGUUCAGGUUCAGAUUCAUAACAUCUGGAGACAAGUUUUAUGGCUCACCUGUCUCCCUGACUGUCACAGAUCUUCAGGUAAAGAUGACAACUUCACUGUUUUCAAGAUGGGUGACCCUGAACUGUGGCACGUGUACUCUGACUGACAACCCCACCUACAUCUGGUACAAGAACGGAAACAAAGUAAAGGAAGACACCUCCAGACAGUACUCAGACUACAUUAGUGAUGCAGACAGUUAUUCCUGUGCUGUAAAAGGCCAUGAGGAUCUCCACUCUCCUGCAGUGUGUGUCCGUGGUCAGAAGUGUUGGAGUGUGACUUACCCCCAUCAGGGAGUCUGUGCCUUGAAGGGGUCAUCAGUGGAUAUAUCCUCCACGUAUGACAGUGGUUAUGAUACGAUCACAUCAACACUCUGGUUUAGUCCUAAACAGAGUGACAGGUGGAGGGAUGAGUUGAUCCCUGAGGACCUAACCACAGACCCAGGGUAUGCAGGUCGUGUGGAGUAUGUUGGAGAGAAGGAGAGAGGUCGCUCCACCCUGAGAAUCACAGAUCUGAGAGAGGAGGACUCAGCUGAGUACAAGUUCAUAUUCAACACACAGACAUCAAGAUGGGGAUACAGUUUCCCUGGAACAACUCUGACUGUCACAGGUCUUCAGGUGCGGAUUAAGGAUCCAACCAACAUCAUAGAGGGAAAGGGGCUUUGUCUGUUCUGUGAGUCCAUAUGCUUUCUGCAGGACAACCCCUCUUACAUCUGGUACAAGAACGGACAACGUCUGUUCAGACACGAGACUAAGUACCUGAUCCUAGACCCAGUCAGCAGUGAGGAUGCAGGCAGAUACUCCUGUGCUGUUAAUGGCCAGGAGGAUCUCCCCUCUGCUGAAGAGACUCUCACUGUCAGAUAUGGCCAAAGCAACACCUCAGUGUCAGUGAGUCCCUCUGGUGAAAUAGUGGAGGGCAGUUCAGUGACUCUGACCUGCAGCAGUGAUGCAAACCCACCUGUGGACAAAUACACUUGGUACAAGAUAACAUACAAGAAAAUGUCAAUGAGACAUUCUGGACAGAGCUACACCAUCCAUAAUAUCAGCUCUGAGGACAGAGGAGAAUAUUACUGUGAGGCUGAGAAUGAAGUUGGAGCCAAAAUAUCAAAGCUUGUUCCUGUAAAUGUGUUGUAUAAACCAAGGAACACCUCAGUGUCAGUCAGUCCCUCUGGUGAAAUAGUGGAGGGCAGUUCAGUGACUCUGACCUGCAGCAGUGAUGCCAACCCACCUGUGGACAAAUACACCUGGUACAAGAAGAACGUAUCCUCACCAAAAGCAUCAGGACAGAGUUACAGCAUCACUAACAUCAUCUCUGAGGACAGAGGAGAAUAUUACUGUGAGGCUGAGAAUAAAUAUGGACGUCUCAACUCCACUUCUGUGCAUGUAGAUGUUCAUUAUGGCCCAAGGAACACCUCAGUGUCAGUCAGUCCCUCUGGUGAAAUAGUGGAGGGCAGUUCAGUGACUCUGACCUGCAGCAGUGACGCCAACCCACCUGUGGAAAACUACACCUGGUACAAGAAGAACGUGAUCUCACCAAAAGCAUCAGGACAGAGAUACACCAUCCAUAAUAUCAGCUCUGAGGACAGAGAGGGAUACUACUGUGAGGCUCUGAACAUUAUAGGGAGAGAGACUGUCCCUGUCCAUAUUAAUGUUACAUAUUACAUUCUCACAUCAUGCAUUUAUAAACUCAUGACCCUGCAACAGUGUUUCCCUGGGUUCCUGUGGUGGGGGUGGGGGCUGUCCUGA